AUGGUGGAGGGCAACGAUGGCCUGCCUUUGGAUGACUUCAGUAGCCCGCCCGAGGAGCAGCAAUCGCCUGUUAUUAGAAGUACUCCAUCAGCAAGGCCAAAUCAGAAAAGGUCAAAAAACUUUAAUGAGCAGGAGGAUCAAUUGCUUGUUUCAGCACGGUUGAAUAUUAGUACAGAUCCAAUACAAGGCACCAAUCAAACUAAAGGAUCAUUUUGGACAAGAGCUUAUGACUACUACCACUCAAAUAAGGAAUUCACAUCAGAUCGUAGUCAGAGUUCACUUUUCCAUCGAUGGAAAGGUAUUCUACAGAAUGUCAACAAAUUUUAUGGAAGUGUAACUUGGAUUGAUGGUAGAAAUCAGAGUGGGGUUACAUUUCAAGACAAGCUUAUACAGACAUUGGCUUUGUUCAAGGCUGAAGACAAGGAGAACAAGUCGUUUCAAUUCCUGCACUGCUGGAAUAUCUUGCAAAAUCAACCAAAGUGGCAUGAGAAGCGGAAGCAAAUGGCAUCUCAGAAGCAACUUGGUAACAAAAGCCAGAAGACAAAUAUGUAUUCAAGUCCGAGGACGUCCACUCCCAUCAAUGUUGAUAGUAGCCAUAAUGUUGUCCCUGGUAAUGCACCUCCAGAGACCGAUCACCGCAAGAGACCAAUGGGUAAGAAGAAGGCUAAAGAAGCCUUGCGCGAGGUGGAGGUGAGUCUUGUGUGGAGGCUUUAG